CACAAGGAAAAAAGAAUAAAACAGUUUCUUUCGAUAUAUCCGAUAGAAAAAAAAAAACAAAAGAAAAAACAUGACGCAAGAGUUAGGGUUUCGUAAUAACGGAUACAAAUCGGACGUUGAUUACGUGGUGAAGGUUGCACGAACCCUUUUAACACCGAUAGGUAUCUGGCCGUUGUAUCGUGGCGACAGUUUAUCCGACAAAAUCAAAAUGUAUAUUCAAAUAAGUUUGAUAUUUGGUCUGAUGUGUUGUCUAUUGAUACCCCAUUUGAUUUACACGUACUUCGAUGCUGAAAAAUUAAUAAAAGAGAUGAAAGUUAUAGCCGCCCAGGUGUUCAGUACGCUUGCAAUUGUUAAAUUUUGGACGGUGAUAAUUAAUAGAAAAGAAAUUGGUUAUUGUUUGUUGGAAAUGGAACGACAAUACAAGGAAGUUGAAUGUCAGGAUGAUUUAAUGGUUAUGGUUAAGAGUGCUAAAAUUGGUAGACUCUUUACAAUAGCUUAUUUAAGUUUAUCCUAUGGUGGGGCUUUACCCUAUCACAUUAUUUUACCCUUGGUUGCUGAACCAAUUGUCAAGGAUGAUAAUACUACAAUGUUACCCUUACCCUAUCUCAGUGAUUAUAUUUUCUUCGUCGUCGAAACUUCACCGAUAUUUGAGAUAUUCUUCGUCGGUCAGAUAUUCGUAAGCAGUAUUAUAUUGUCAACCAAUUGCGGUGUUUACAGUUUAAUCGCCAGCUGCGUUAUGCACUCAUGUUGUCUAUUCGAAGUUGUACGCAGACAAAUUGAUACAAUAUUUCAAUACGAUAAUGAAGAUAAUCUUCGUAAGAGGAUUUAUGUUAUCGUUGACAAUCAUCUUCAAGCUAUCAGGUACGCCGAAAAAAUUGAACAGGCAUUGAAUAUUGUAUUUCUUUGCGAAAUGGUUGGGUGUACUAUUAUUAUCUGUUUCUUAGAAUUUGGUGUACUCGUGGAUUGGGAAGAUAAGGAAACUUUGGGUAUGAUGACAUAUGGGGUAUUAAUGACGUCAAUUUUUGUCAACGUUUUUAUCAUUUCUUACAUUGGUGAUCGUCUAAAAGAAGAGAGCGAACUGGUUGGCGAAUCAACAUAUUCAAUCGAGUGGUAUCGUCUUCCCAAUACUAUAAUAAGCGAUUUGGUUAUGAUAAUUGUACGUUCUAAUCGACCAUCUCGUUUAACAGCUGGAAAAAUUUUUGACGUAUCACUACAAGGUUUCUGCGAUGUUUGCAAGACUUCGGCUGCCUACCUGAAUUUUCUUCGAACCAUGGUUGCAUGAAUUAUUUCUCUCUCAAUAUGAAAAAAUAAAAAUCCUGGCUAUAUACAACAAAAUCAUAAAAAAGAAAAACUAUCGAUAUUCUUUUUUAAAUCUCACAAACCGAGUAUCACAAUAAUCAUUGAAAGUAACCAAUCAAGUGUCUUAUCGUUAAAUUUAUCUUAUUAUAAAUGUAUCACUUAAACAAAAAUAUAUUCAGAUAAACAAAACAAAUAUAAACGUUUAAAUUAAUCUGAGAGAAAAUAGUAAAUAGAAAUCAUCAUACGUGUAUUCGCGAUUUGUAAGGAAAGAUGAUCGUCUAAAGGAAAUCAAAAUAAAAUUCAAACUUUCUAAUAGACCUUAGAAAAAUGACAAGCUUAGAAUACUACGUUGAAACUUUUCCAUUGAAUUUUUCAACGAAUCCCCCGUUGAAAUAAAAAAAGAAAGAAAAAAAAAAAAAGAAAAAUAUAAAACAGACAAACUUCCGUUGUUCUCUCAUCCUUUCCUUUCCGAGUGUUUUUCACAAACGUAUCUUCAAGAAAUUAAUAGAAAACGUUUGAGUUUAAGUUGCAUGAAUAAUUCUAACGAUACGCAAGCGCACGAAUAUUACGAUUGCUAUUCCACUAACGUAAGAGUUUUCAUUUAAACGCGAUCAUUUUCAUCGAAACUACAGAAGCAAAUCGAACGCAAUCAUUCUUGCAAACCUGUUCCGUUAGAGGGGUCAAAGAAAAAAGAAAAACUGGGGGAAAGAAAAAAUAAAGAAUAAAGAAAAGAAAUAAAAAGAUAGAAAAAG